GUCACAAACUCGUAGAACUCCAAGUCUUUCAAGUCUUAACUCUCAAGAUUCUAGUAUUGAGAUAUCAAAGCUUACUGACAAGGUACAGGCAGAAUACAGAGAUGCAUAUAGAGAGUAUAUUGCUCAAAUGUCACAGUUAGAAGGAGGCGCCAAUUCUACUACAGUAAGUGGUAGGUCCUCCCCUCAUAGCUCAAGUGCUUUCUAUAUGGGGCAGAGUACAUCAGGGGGUUCCUUGCAUUCCAGUGCAGAACAGGAAAAAGGAAAAGAUGGUGAACAGAAACAAGAUGAUGGAAGAAAGUCCUUCUUGCUGAAGAGGAACGAUGUUGUCGAUUACAGUACUUCAGGUGUUUCUACUAAUGAUGCAUCUCCUUUGGAUCCUAUUACGGAAGAAGAUGAAAAAUCUGAUCAGUCUGGUUCCAAGCUUCUGCCAGGAAAGAAGUCUUCGGAAAGAACAAGUAUUUUCCAGGCUGCAGAUUUAAAGCUUAAGGGAGUUACCCUGCGGUAUCAGAAACUUCCAAGUGAUGAAGAUGAGUCAGGAACUGAAGAAUCGGAUAAUACACCACUUCUUAAGGAAGGUAAAGAUAAGAAAGCAGAUGGCAAAAUAGAGAAGCAGCCUAAAUCUCCAGAACAUGGAUCUGAAACCAUUAGAACCUUCAUCAAAGCAAAGGAGUAUUUGACAGAUGCCCUUUUGGAUAAAAAAGAUUCAUCUGACUCUGGUGUAAGAUCCAACGAAAGUUCUCCCAAUCAUUCCCUCCAUAAUGAAGGAGCAGAUGAUUCACAGCUUGAAAAGGCGAAUCUCAUUGAACUUGAAGAUGACAGUCACAGUGGAAAGAGAGGAAUUCCACACAGCCUUAGUGGCCUUCAAGAUCCAGCUGUGGUUCGCAUGUCUAUUUGCUCAGAAGAUAAGAAAAGCCCUUCUGAAAGCAGCUUGAUAGCAAGUAGCCCAGAAGAGAACUGGCCAGCUUGCCAGAAAGUCUAUAAUUUAAAUAGAACCCCUAGUACAGUAACCCUAAAUAAUAACAGCGCUCCAAACAAUCGAGCUAAUCAAAAUUUUGAAGAAAUACAAAGUAUCAGAGAUUCCCCUCAAAUUAUCCUGCACCCUGGCUCAGGUUCCAAUUCAACUGCAGUUCAGAAUGAGAACCUGAAGAGCGUUGCUCACAAGCGGAGCCAGCGUUCAAGUUAUACCAGGCUUUCAAAAGAUUCAUCAGAGCUCCACACUGUUACGGCCUCAGAAGGGGCUGGUUUUGGAGAAGAAAGAGAGAGUAUCCUGUAAAAAGCAACCAGGUUAAAACAGAGUGUGCCCAUGAAUUGUAGCUUGCUUGGAAUUCUUUGUCAGUGCGUGGUUACGUUAAGCUCUGUAGUUCAAGCUUUCAAUAUUGUAAUAGAAGGUCUAGAUUAUUUUCAGUCACUUUCUUGGAGAGAAGCAGUAAUUUUUUCAAGAAGCAAAUUACUUCAGACCUUCCCCACAUAUAAAAGCAGUACUUGUCAGCAUGGAAAACCAGUUCUUUGUUAAGACACUGUGCAAAGGUUUGGUCAGGGGCAGAUGUUACAGAAGUCAGUAUGAUUUAAUUAUUAAAAUUGUGAUGUGAUUUUAUUUUUCUGUUGGGAUAUGUAUUACUUAUCCCUUCUAAACAUUCCAGUUAAGUCUGCAUACUUGCAAGUAAAGUUAAGACUGUGCAUCUUUGCCAUUUGAUGUAAGAGAUGCCAGAAGAUUAGAUAUCACAACCUGUGACACCCUUAUCAAACUUUGCGUUAACUAGUGGAUUAAUGUGUGCAACAUAUAUUACAUAUGUUGAAAUUUGAGUGUUAAGAUACCUGUUUGGCUAUACGUAUGCUUUUACUCUCUGUAUGUUCAGUAAUUGCUGUUGACUUUGUGAACUUUGGGUAGAGUGGUGAUAAGGUUUGUAAGGAACAUUGUCUUGAUGUGUCAUUAGGAUUGGCAGUUAUUUAUAAGGUAAUACCUUAUAAUUGAUUUAGUGAAUCCAUUAUUUAUUAUAGGUACAUAAUGUUACAGUCACUGGUCUAAAUAGAUAUGACCACCUGAGCAAUGUUUAAAUAUUGUAAGGAUAAAGUGUGAAUGUGAUGUCUGAACUUACAGAGUAUCUGUUGCUGUGCGUGAUCUUUCCUUGGUACAGUGUUUAUAAUUUGAUUAUGGAAAGAAAAAUAAGCAGUGUUUGCUGUUUUAAAAAUAAUGCAUACUUUUUGGAAUCUUGUCAGAGCUGUACGCCAGCUUCUUUAUUUCUAAAGUACAGUGUUUGAAGAUUUUUAUGUCAUCUAAGUAACAUACCUGAAUGUUAUUGUAGCAAAUACUUGUACUGUCCAGUGAAAUCUGCAUGUUUUUGAGGAAGAAUUGUUCAAACUAGACUCUGGUAGUACAAGGAGAAUAAAAAAUAAAUUGACAUGUUGG